AACACAUACAAUAAAUAUAUGUAAGUGAACCACACUUUGUAGAAUCUUCGAUAAGAAUGGCUAGAAAGAAAUCAUAAAUUCUGCGAAGCCAAUAGGUAAGGCUGUUUUUUUUCUUUCUUUAAUAUCUUAUCAUUUCAUAUACGUGUAACUCUAUCCUUAUAACUAAGGUAAAUAUAAAAAUACCUUUAUCUCCGAUCCAACCUCCAUCCUCUAUCCAAUAUCACGCAACUACAAAUAUGGCGGGCCAAGAUGAGAUGCCUCCCGAAUCCGGUGAGAUCACUAUCAGUCUCACACAUCACGGAAACCCGCACAACUUCACCAUAAACCCCACCGCCACCGUCGCCGACCUUGCCGCCCAAAUCCAGGAUGAACUGUUCAUCCCCGUCAGCAACCAGAAGCUCAUGGUCUCGAAGCUCGGCCUGCUCAAAGCCCCCUUCGCCGAGCGCCCCGUCGCCGAUCUCCAAGACAAGAAGAUAACCCUAAUCGGUACAUCGACCGAGGAGAUCGCCUCCUUAGCAUCGGCCUCUCAAAGCGCAGCGCAGCGACAAGCACACCUAGCCGCCGCGCGACGCAAUCUACCCAAGGCAUACUCGCGGCGGGACUCGCAGCGCGUUCUCGACGACAGCACAUACACCUUCGCGACUGUACGCCCUCUGGCCAACUUACCGCGCCCAGAGCGCUCCCUCGCCUUCCUCGAGCGGCUAAAAGCCGACCCGGGGAUCCGAGCCGCAAUGCGCACGCACAAAUUUAGCGUCGGCCUGCUCACAGAAAUGGACCCGUUAUCGUACACGGAGGCUUCGCACGAGGGCACGACGCGGAUCCUAGGACUGAACCGCAACGCGGGCGAGAUCAUCGAGCUUCGUCUGCGCACGGAUGCGUACGACGGGUACCGCGACUACAAAACCAUCCGCAACACGCUGUGUCACGAGCUGGCGCAUAACGUGCACCAGAACCACGACCGCGCGUUCUGGGACCUGACCCAUCAGAUCGAGAGGGAGGUCACGCGCGCGGAUUGGACUCGCGGGGGCCAGAAUGUGGCGGGCGGGGAGUUUUAUGAGCCGCCCGGGACCGGGACGGAAGAGGAGGUGGCGUAUGAUCAUGGCGGGUGGACGGGCGGGGCGUUUGUGCUUGGAGGGGGGAGUGUGGGAGGUGGAGGUGCUGCUGCUGCUACGGCGGGGCAGGGCGCGUUAAGUAGACGGGAGAUCAUGGCUAAAGCGGCGGAGGAACGUAUGAAGAAGAAGAAACAGGCUGAGGAGGAGGCGAAGAGGAAUCGGUGAUGUGUUGAGAUGAGAUAAUGGGGAUAUGCGAAUCUACCAAGCAUCUUAUGUUUUUGUUUUAAUCCUUAGCUAGGCGAAACAGGGGGAGGGCUUCAUGAUUUAUAUUUAUGCAUGGCUACGGCGUUUAAGGAUGGUCCAAGU